UUCCCAAUAUUCCCAAUGGCCUGUCCGCCCCUGACAGUAGAUCGCACUUUAAAAUAGGCUACGUAAUUUGUAAUAGGGUAGAUGGUGCAUUUGAAUCCAUCAACAGCAAAUCUAAUUAUCAGUUCUUACACAGCAUAGCCUAUCUUAAGAGUCCCAUUUAUAGGGAGCAUUUCCUACAUUAAAAAAGUCGUAAUCCAAGUGGUGCCUGACUUCGUUAAUUAUCGUAGCACUUUCUCGUGGUGGUGCUGCGAUCAUAAAAACCUUCUUUGUCACGGGGUAUUCAAGGUCAAAUCAGCUGAUCUUUACCAGUGGUCAGGCCCAUGCUGGUGGGAGUGACUAUGUUAAUCUGCAUCAAAGGGAAACAGACAAAGUGUUGGGGCAUCACUCAUCUGAUUGGGCGCCUUUGUUCUUUCAAAUCGAGGUGUCCUCCUGCCUUUAUUGGCACCAACGGGCCCCUGGGGGAGAAGACGUCUUUUACAGUAAGGCUGCACUCCUGCAUGGACUUUCAAGCCGCUGAUGGGAAAAUGGAGAAAUAAUCAGAGGAAAGAUGGCCUGUCAGAGGCAUGACAAACCAAACAGACCGAGGGAAGAACUGAGUUGCAUGCUGGUUGGUGAUGGAGCUGUGGGGAAGACCAGCAUGAUCAUCAGUUACAUCUUCAAUGGCUACAACACUGAGUACAGACAAACAGCUUUUGAUGUUUUCACUGGUUUGGUUCAUGUGAAUGGAAUUCCAACUCGUAUCAAACUGAUAGAUACUGCUGGACAGGAGGAGUUUGGCCAUCUCCGCUCUCUUUGCUAUGCCCAUGUGGACGUCUUCAUCCUCUGCUUCAGCCUGGUCAACCCUGUCUCCUUUGACAACAUCACCUCCAAAUGGAUCCCACAGAUCUGUGCUGGCAACCCGACCUCUCCCAUCGUUCUGGUUGGGACUCAGUCAGACCUUCGUUACAAUGUGGACAUCCUGAUUCAUCUGGACCAGCUGGGCACCAAACCAGUGCGCUUGAGCCGGGCUAGAAGGCUGGCACACAGGAUCAGAGCUCACGACUACAUGGAGUGUUCAGCUCUGACACAACACAACCUCAAAAAUGUGUUUGACAGUGCUGUGUUUGCUGCCAUCAAGCACAAGCACAACGGCGCAAAAUCUAAAAAGCUCAGCCCGCUUAAACGUUUGAAGACUUUUUGUGAUAGUGGAUGGAGGAAAAUCUUCAGAUUCAUCUGAUGUGGAAUCAAAGAGAGGACUGAAUGUAGGCACAGCUUGAUGGACACGUUUCAGGGUUUUAUGACAAUUUAUGCAUUUUAUCAAAACAUUUCUCUGCAGAAUGUGGAUUGUGCACUAAAACAAUAUGAUUUAAGAUCACUGACAUAUUCUGCUCUUUUCAUUUUGCUCUUCCUUGUUUUCAUGUUUUACUUGUGUGUGUGUGUGUGUGUGUGUGU